AUGGAUACUCGAUGCAUUCAUCAUGGUGAUGCUGGUAUAACAGAUGAGGAAGCAUAUUUAUGGCUUGAUGGUGUUGUUCCACCAAUAUAUUUAUCAAAUGGUGAAAAACCAUCAUUAAAUCCAACUCGACAAGCACUUGAACAAACAUUAACUAUUUUAAAUAAAGCAACACAACCAACAUUAACAUAUGCAUCAGGUUUAGCAACUGCAACUGCAAUUUGUUUAACAUUAUUAAAAAAAGAUGAUCAUGUUGUUAUUGUUGAUGAUGCUUAUUCAGGAACAACAAAUCUUUUUAAAGCAUGUUUAAAUCGUUGGUCUAUUCAUUCAUCAUUUGUUAAUUUAUCAUUAUCACCUUCAAUAAUAACUGAACAUCUUCAAUCAAAUACUCGUCUUGUUUGGCUUGAAUCACCAUCAAAUCCAUCACUUCGUUUAGUUGAUAUUCAAACAAUAUCAUCAAUUGUUCAUUCUUAUGAUUCAUCAAUUAUUGUUGUUGUUGAUAAUACAUUUGCAUCACCACUUAAUCAAUCACCUCUUUUACUUGGUGCUGAUCUUUGUUUUGCUUCAUUAACAAAAUAUCUUAAUGGUCAUACAGAUGUUAUUGGUGGUUGUUUAUCAAUGAAUCGAAAAGAUUUAUAUGAUAAAUUUUUAUCAAGUCAAACAUUAUUUGAUAUGAAUUUAUCACCAUUUGAUUGUUAUUUAGUUCGACGUGGUAUAAAUACACUUGCAUUACGUAUGCGUCAACAUAUGAAAAAUGCUUAUCAUGUAGCUCGAUUUCUUGAACGACAUCCAGUUAUUGAACAUGUUUAUUAUCCAGCAUUACCAUCACAUCCACAAUAUGAUAUAUAUAAAAAACAAGGUGGAGCAUCUGGUAUGUGUAGUUAUAUAUUAAAUGAAAAUGCUGAUGUUAAACGUUUUCUUAUGGCAUUAAAAUUAUGUACAGUAGCAGUUAGUUUAGGUGGAUGUGAAACACUUCUUGAAUCACCAAAACUAAUGACACAUCGAUCAACAUUUUAUGAAAUUGGACCUAAUGAACAAAUGUCUGAUAAUUUAAUUCGUAUGUCUGUUGGUUUAGAAAAUGUACAAGAUAUAAUUAAAGAUUUAGAUCAAGCAUUAUAUCAAUCAAUAAAUCAAAUUAAAAUUAAUAACAAUAAUAUUGAUAAUAAUGAUGAUUUGGAAUUAAUUGAAGAAGCUAAACGUAUAUCUCGUCGUUUAUAUCAAUCACAUUUACAUACAAUUGCAGCUGCUUUACGUACAAAAUCAGGUCAUAUUUAUUCUGGUAUUCAUUUUGAAUCAUUACAAACAUCUGCAACUAUAUGUAGUGAAGUUAGUGCUAUAUCAUCAAUGGUUAAUGAUGGUCAUCGAGAUCUAGAAACUAUUGUAGCAUUACGUGGAUUUGAUGAUGAUAAAAAUCAUUUUGAAAUCAUAAGUCCAUGUAAUCGAUGUCAAGAAUUAAUUGAAGAUUUUAAUCUUAAUGCACAAAUUAUAUUAGGAACAAUUGAUAAACCUUAUCGAAUGAAAAUUAGUGAUUUAAUAACAGUAAAAUGA